AUAAACUGUUGCUGACUGUUGUGUGGGGAAAACAAGACUAUCUGUAAGAUAAACUGUUGCUGACUGUUGUGUGGGGAAACAAGACUAUCUGUAAGAUAAACUGUUGCUGACUGUUGUGUGGGGAAAACAAGACUAUCUGUAAGAUAAACUGUUGCUGACUGUUGUGUGGGGAAAACAAGACUAUCUGUAAGACAAACAGCGAUAAAAGACAAAAACAAAGUAAAUGAUGUUCAUACCUAUGAUAAAAGACAAAACCAAAGUGAUAAAAGACAAAACCAAAGUGAUAAAAGACAAAAACAAAGUAAUAAAAGACAACAAUUAAGUAAAUGAUGUAUGAAUGAGCUGCAAGCGCCAGGCAAUUCCCAUCAGGCCUUGCGGGAAACAAACCGGAAGUAAAUUCCGUCUGGUCAUCUCUGGAAGUCAGAAAGGACUAAACAAGAAACUAUCUGUAAAACUUCAAUUCAUAAAAAACACACUUUUAUGCAAACACAUUCUGUACAUACGCACUAUAUGAGCUACUAGCGCCAGACUACAACACCCACGAGGCAUUGUGGCGAAAACACCGGAAGUACAUUCUGUGUUGUCUGGCUGGGAGAAAGUAGCUGAAACAAGACAACUCUCAUAAAGGUGUGUAUAAAGCCUACUAUCUGGACUCCUUGUGCACAUAAAGGUGUGUAUAAAGCCUACUAUCUGGACUCCUUGUGCACAUAAAGGCCUCAGGCUUGAAGCUCACAAAGAGAUGGAGCGGCUCCCAGGAGGAGGCACGUUACCAGCCCUGAUCUUAGCAAGCGUGGGGGUCUUGCUUCUAUAUCGUGUACUCCGCCGACUCAGAGCGGGCGCUUCACUCCAGGACGCCGUGGUGGUCAUCACGGGCGCCAGCUCCGGACUGGGCAGAGAAUGUGCUGGCGUCUUCCACAGCGCGGGGGCUCGACUGGUGCUGUGUGGGCGAGAUGCAGCACGACUGCAGCAGGUGGUCCAGGAGCUGGUGGAAGGUGCGAAGGAUAGAAAGCAGCAGUUGUACACCCCAAGGACGGUGACCUUUGACCUGUCCAGCACAGACUCGCUGGACGGCGCUGCUGACGCCAUCUUGAAGUGUUACGGCCAAGUGGACGUGCUCCUCAACAAUGCUGGAAUCAGUUACCGUGGCAACAUACUGGACACCCACCUGUCCGUUCACAAGGAAGUCAUGGCAACCAAUUACUUUGGGCCUGUGGCUCUCACGCAAGCUCUCCUGCCCGCCAUGGUCCGCAGGCGCAGCGGCCAUGUUGUGGUCAUCAGCAGCGUCCAGGGCAAGAUUGCCAUUCCUUACAGAUCAGCCUACUCCGCCUCCAAACACGCCACCCAGGCCUACUUCGACUGCUUGAGGGCCGAGGUGGAGCGCUACGGCAUCGCUGUGACCGUCAUCAGCCCGGGAUACAUCAGGACUAACCUGUCCGUCAACGCUGUCACAGGAGACGGCUCCAAAUAUGGAGUGGAGGACCCCACAACGGCCUCAGGUGGUGACCCCAGAGAUGUGGCCCACGCCAUCCUGAGAGCGGUGCGUGUCAAGAGUCAAGACCUAAUCCUGGCUGGACCAGUGCCCACUGCUGCCAUCUACCUGCGCACACUAUGCCCCGCCCUCUUCUUCACCCUCACCAACUAUCGUGCUCGCAAACAGCACAAACACAAACCUGCUUGAGUCCUCAGGGGGGCGCCAAGGAGGGCUCGCUGACAGCCAGCUCUUGAGGCGCCAUGGAGGGCUCGCUGACAGCCAGCUCUUGAGGCGCCAUGGAGGGCUCGCUGACAGCCAGCUCUUGAGGCGCCAUGGAGGGCUCGCUGACAGCCAGCUCUUGAGGCGCCAUGGAGGGCUCGCUGACAGCCAGCUCUUGAGGCGCCAUGGAGGGCUCGCUGACAGCCAGCUCUUGAGGCGCCAUGGAGGGCUCGCUGACAGCCAGCUCUUGAGGCGCCAUGGAGGGCUCGCUGACAGCCAGCUCUUGAGGCGCCAUGGAGGGCUCCCUGACAGCCAGCUCUUGAGGCGCCAUGGAGGGUUCGCUGACAGCCAGCUCUUGAGGCGCCAUGGAGGGCUCGCUGACAGCCAGCUCCUGAGGCGCCAUGGAGGGCUCGCUUACAGCUAGCUCUUGAGGCGCCAUGGAGGGCUCGCUUACAGCCAGCUCCUGAGGCGCCAUGGAGGGCUCGCUUACAGCCAGCUCUUGAGGCGCCAUGGAGGGCUCGCUUACAGCCAGCUCCUGAGCCAGAUCGUUGAAGCGAGCGAUGUAGUCCACACUGCUCUCACUCAUCAUGCAGGCCAGCUGGGAGUCCACCUGGAGCACAAAUCACUUCUAAUUGUGUGUGCUGAAAACAUUAAUAAUUGUGUGUGUGCUGAAAACAUUAAUAAUUGUGUGUGCUGAAAACAUUACAAAUUGUGUGUGUGCUGAAAACAUUAAUAAUUGUGUGUGUGCUGAAAACAUUACAAAUGUUGUUUGUGUGUUGAAAUGAAAAAGAAGAUAGAGGCACCUCAAUCAAUGAAGCGAUACGGCACCAAUUCCUGCUACUUGUAAUAAAUGUUUGAUGAUGAAAUGUCCUGCAGUGUGUGUGAUACAAGCAGU